AUGGCAGUACAGAACAAGAGCAUUGGACAAAGAUGGAGCGAGGCAAUAAAGCAGGCUGUCCCAGACGAGCAGCCAGCUGCACAGCAAACUCCAACUCAGCCUGUUGCAGCAGCAAACAAAACAAACCCUAAAGUAGUUCAGUUCAAGCAGAACACUCUGCAGGGGUUGAUGGGAGAGACAAAUGCUCAAACAAACUUUGAAUAUGAUACAUUUAAUGUAGGCUUCGACGCUUUUCAUGUUCAGGACAGCGACCUCAACAAGUCUGCAUACACAAACGUAAUUGGGUCUGUUAUUGACAGCGUAGUCUCUAAAUUAAGCAAUGAAAAAGUUAGGCCUUACUUCAACUCAGUUAAAGGCACAUAUAAGACAAAGCAAGUCGUAAGGCAAAUUCAGAAAUACUUUGACGUAUUAUACGACAAAAUAAAUGCGCAUGACUUGGUAUCUUCUGCAUUCCGCUCAGCAUGCAUUUUCGGCAAAGGAUAUAUAUUUAUUAACCCGUUCACAGGCAGUAUAGAAAAUGUCCCUACUUGGUGCGUGUCUACAAUGAACAGCGAGCAGAAAUACGGCAAGCCGACAAGAAUGCUUAUUAAAUAUAUGAACUUUCCAUCUACUAUGCUUGACAGAUGGGGACAAAAGUCAGACAAGGAAUAUGUUGAGCUCGCAGUUUAUGUUGAGUCAAAGAAAGACGAAAACAAGGCAUACUUAAUUAUCGACGGCAGAGAAGUAGAUACUGCGACAAUGGAAGGAGAAGAGCUUCCUCUAGUAGAAGUUUAUUUCAACAAGCCGCUUUACGGAAACAAAACGGUAUCAAUUGUAGAACAGCUUGAUGGCAUUCAGACGCAAAUUGACUUAAUUAACGCCAAGAUAUCUGCUUGCGCACAGUUGACUCCUGGAAAUACAACUUAUGUAAUUGAAGGAAGCAACUUGACUCCUGGCGAUAUUACGAACAGAGUAGGAAACGUAUACGGCAUAAAGAUGCCUCCUGGAACGAAUACUCCGCCGGUAGUGAAUAUUACGCCUGCGCCGUUCGAUCCUGCCUGGCAGAACUUGCUUGAAUAUUAUAUUAAGCAGGCAUAUGAAAUUGUAGGCAUUUCGCAGUUGUCAGCAAUGGCCAAAAAGCCUUCAGGACUUGAUAGCGGAACGUCGUUGAAAACAAUGGAAGACAUUGAGUCUGACCGCUUCGAGACACAGGUUAACAACUAUAUAUCUUCAUAUGUUGAAUUGGCGAAUAAAAUUAUCAACACUUCGAAAGAAGCGCCGAUAUUCAAGGAUAUUGACGGCAUUGCGUCUUUCAAAUGGUCUGACGUAAGGAAGCAAAUUGGCUCGUUCAACAUCCAAUAUUCUGCAGCAACGGCAUUGAGCAAAGACCCUUCUGAAAAGCUUUCUCAAUUGUUGCAGCUUAAGGAAAGCGGCUUAAUUGGAGCUUCUAAAAUUGCCACAUACCUUGAUACUCCUGACCUUGAAGAAGCGUAUGCAGGCGCUCAGGCAGUAGUCAACGGCGUAGAAAAAUGCAUUGAAAGGGCUAUUGAAGAAGGCGAUGUUGAGAUACCUGAGUUCAUCAACUAUCAGACAUUGGCGCAGGAAAUUGCCGUUACUGAAAACGAGCUCUAUGCUUCAUACACAGGCGACAAGAAGUCUGACGCUGAAAUUGACGAGGCUUUGGCUAACCUUAAGACAUUAGAAGAAAAGCUUAUGGAAAUUAUGUCGGAGAACGGCUUUGUUGAUACUUCAACAGAAGAAAGCUAUGGCGAAAUUGGCCGCUCAGCAGAUAUUACCGAUACAAUGCCGAUGAAUACUGGAGCCAAUGUUGACAUGACAGAAGGAGCCAUGAACGGAAACAACAUGGCCACAGGAAUGCCGGAAGUUGAAGAAGCAAACCCUGUUUCAACUUUAGAUAAUUCAGCAGAAGACAUAGUAAUUAGAGAACAGAAACAGCUGAACAAGGACCUCAGGCGUCUGGAUAAAGCAAACCUAGACUAUGAGGCCUUGCAAAGAAUAGUAGACAAUGUUGCUGCAAAAAAUGUUGAAAUUACUGUAAGGAUGGAAAAUGUAAAUAUUACAAUUAAGCCUACUCCGGCAAAUGAAGUUGGCUAUACGUCCUUCAAGGAAAAAUAUCAGCAGUAUAAGAGCAGCAACUAA